AUGGAUGAUGCAAAUGAUUAUGACAAAUCUGCGUAUGAAGCACCCGAUGAUGCCACAUUAUAUGUCGAAUGUGUUCGAUUGGUUGAAGGUGGUAAUAUAAAACGAUUUGAAAAUGUUGUAACUAAAAUAGAUGUUAUUCGAUAUGAAUUAAGUGAUGAAGUUAGUAAACCACUUCUAUUUUAUGCUAUUGAACAUAACGAUGUGGCGUUUGUUAAAACAUUGUUAGAUAUGGAAAUACCAUUGGAUAGAAAGUAUUCGAUCAUGAUAGCGUCAGCUGACUCUCCAGAAGGUCAACUUGUUCAAAAAAAGUUAACAGCUUACGAAUAUGCUUAUGAAUUACAAUAUGAUAAUCUUGCUGAUCUAAUUCAACGUCAAGCUAAUCUUCCUCCAUAUGAACAACGUUUUUUUCGUAUUCUCAAACUGAACGAUAAUCGCCGUUGUGAAACAUUUCUUCGUCGAUUAAAUAAUCAAAAACGAGAAAAUGAUUUUGCAAAAAGAGGUUUAUUCUAUGCUGCACAACUUGGUUCAGUAAGAUUACUUGAUCAUUUUUUAACACGUUGGAAAAUUGAUAUAAACACUCAAUUAGAACAAGAAAAUGGAUAUUCAACAACAGCUUUAUUAACAUCUAUAAAAUAUAAUCAAAGUGAAGCCGCAAAAUUUUUACUAUUUCGUCAUGCUGAUCCAAGUAUAAAAGGUCAAUAUGAUAAUGCAUUAGUUACUGCAUUACAUUAUCAAUCGAAAAAUGGUCUUUUACGUUUAUUACUUGAUAAAAAUGUUGAUUUAACCGUUCGACAUCCUGAUUAUAGAAAAUUAAGUUUACGAGAAUACUGUGUACUAACAAAUCGUGUUAAAGCUAAAGCUGAAAUUGAUGCCUAUAUAAUACGUUUGAUUAGUAACGGAAAUUAUCAACGAUUAAAAUGGCUUGUUGAUAAUGGCUAUACAUUUAUUAAUGUUAAUAUUACUCAAAAACGUACUGGAAAACAAUUAGCUAAAGAAAGAUACUAUGAAAAUAUUGUUAAAUUAAUCGAUUUUGUUGAAAGUACACAAAUGAAAGCAAAAAUUAAAAUGAACUAUUAA